ACGGGUUAUCCGUCACUUCUACAUCAAAAUCUGAAUCAACGAGGCACAUUUGUGCAAAGAGAAUCUGCAAUAGAUUGAUUUCUAGAUCAUUUUCUUCAAAAUACUGCAUGUUGCGGCAUCUGCAAACCGGAUUUAUAACACAGAGACAAACUCUCCUCUAAUCUUGCGAAAAAGACAUUGUAAACGCCUUUGUAAAAACAUUCUAGAAGACACCAUGUCACUUGUUGUCAGUUACUUUUAUUUGAACUGUGUAAGAUUAUAUGUGAAUCCUUUCAGCUCGGCUUUAAUUGGAUUACUAUUUCUGAGAAGAUUAUUCGACGUCUUAUACCACGAUUUAUUUCGCAUUUAGCAGGAUCUAGGCAAACAUUCUAAAGGUGAGAAGCAAGUGCUGAAAAUCAACUGAUCAAAUUUUAACUUUCAUCUAUCAUCGUCGUGCUCAGAUGUGCGUGCUUAAAGCUUGAUUGAUUUGAAACAUGAUACGUUGUUUUCAUGAGUCAACACAAACGACAUGAAAAUCUAAACGAAAUACUGCUAUUGCAAAGCAGGAUUCUUCAUGACUAACAUUUGGUAACUGAGUGAAUAUACCAUCGUCUCAAUGCUUGGGCUUUUGUGAUAGAAAGUUGCAGAUGGAGCUUGUUAUCUUCAUUUCGUCAUCGGAAAGAAAUUUGUACCAGAUGUUGGAUUCCAAGCAAAGUUGAAGAAGAUCAACCGCGAAGAGGGACGAGAUCACUUUCCAAUUUCAUACAUUUGUGAAGCAAAAUAAUAUUCCCUGAUUUGAUGAGAAGACUUAAUGCUAAAUAUAUCGACCGUUUACAUUUGGGCAAUUUCACAGUGAAAGUCAAUCUCUUCGUCAGUCAUGAACAGUUUUUUUUUAAACAAGUCUCCAGGAACUUUCCAUAAAAUGGGUGUUUUCAUAAUUUUGCUUAGUUUACUCGCAUUCACAAGGGGUGAAAUUACAAUUACAACUGUUGUUGAAGGGGAUUAUACACAACUUAAUUUUAGUUACCCUUGUGCUAACGCACGCGUGACUUUACGAAAUGGAUACAUAACUCCAUUUUACGAUUCAGCUAAUCCAGAGUCAGUGUCAUUGCCCGAGCAUCGAGAACUUUCGUUUCAAAGUGAAACUGAGAGCAGCAACUGUCUUCUCCAACUUAAAAUCAACCCUGUCCUAAGGUCUGAUGAAGGCGGAUAUAUUCUCACUGCAUAUGACAGUAAUGGAAAUAUUCUAGAGGACCCAAGGAUUGGUUUGAGAGUUGAUUAUCCGCCGGGUAAGGCGUCUUGCGAGUGGGGAGAGGAGGAUGUUGGCGAUGACUUUGGCUCCAUGCUGUGCAAGGCUCCUGCGGGGAGUAUGCCAGGACAGAUUGCUUGCUAUCAAAAUGGAAUUCGGCUGCCCCCAGUGACCACACCUACGGAGGUUGGGGAUAUUCUACAACAGACUAUCUGGGUCAGGUAUUCUCAAACUUCCUACUGCUGUGCUUCUCUUCAAGAUCAACCAAUCGACAGAUGCACAUGUAAUGACUUUGUAUGGGAUCCCUUACACAAUGGAACCAUCAUCAUAGAUCCUUGCGCCGCGCCUCAGCAAGAUUCAACAUCAUCCCAAAGUCCUAACGAAGAUAACAUUUCUUUCCCUACUAUCGCCACAUUAUCACCUGUAUAUGAAAGUAUUACGGAAAUACCUGUUAAGAACAACGCAUACAUUUCACUGCAUCGGGCCGUUUUCGUGCUUUUGGUUAUGACAAUCGUUGCCCUGUGCGUAGUUCUUACGGCAACGUUUCGAAAGAUUUGUAAAAUCACGAAACAUAGAAAUAUAAUAGAUAAACAAAGAAAUGAUUACACGAACGUACCAACUGUAGAAGUGAAACUUUAGGCAGGCGAACAGGAGUUAGUUUAGGGGUGCAAACAGCCCGAGCCUCUCCUUAUUAUUUAAUGUAUUUUUAAAAUCUUUUUAAGUACCCCAACUGGAUCCGGCCGGCCCUACCUGCACGGUCCCUAUUUUCCUUGAAUGUUUUAAAAUGUCAUUGAAAUAAUACCAAAUAAAUAAGGAGUUAAAUAUGCUAAUGGAUAAAUUAAUUGGAAUGAACCAAAAACGCUGCACGCAAGAAAAAUUGGCCCGAAAUGUAUACUAUGCUUUCAUAGAAAAAUAAACCAGUUUACUGCGUCAUAAAUGUAUAUGUGAACAAGUCUUGAGUUCUUACUAUAAGGAGACCAUUGUCAUUCUGUUCUCAAAAGUCAAAACCACAACAAAUCCCUGCAGGAUUCCAUGUUUGUGGGUGUAUUUUCUAGACAUUCCGAGCUUUCCGAAGAUUAUAAAACUUGUAGCUUAUUCUAAUAGAGCCCACUUAAACAUCAUGUGAUGCUUAAUAAAAUGAAUUUUUAAUCUUUAAAACAAAAUUAACUUCCCCAUUUUAAGGUUUGCUUCUUUGUCCAAAAUGCCACCUAAUGAUGGUUUUGAGCAUAUAAAUCACAAGUACCUUUCAGUAUGUCUUAGUUGUGCAAUUUCUCAUUCAUAAUAUAUUACACUGUUUGUGUAAUGAACAUGUUUAUGUGUGUUAUUGAUUUUGCAGGGCCAUUCUAGGCAAUAUUUUGAAGGUAUGAAUAUUUUCAUGUUGAAGUAAUGAGAUUAUGAAAAUAUAAAGUACUUUAUCCCCC